CCUUCCAAAAUCAUUUUCAUUAUCUAAUACAAUACAAAUUCUAAAGUUAGUAUAUUAAUUAUCUUAUUUGGUAAUCAAUUUUAAAGUACAAUUUUUUUUUGUUUCGAAAAUGCAAAAAUACGAAAAACUUGACAAAAUUGGAGAAGGAACGUAUGGUACAGUAUUCAAAGCCAAAAAUAGGGAAACUCUUGAAAUAGUUGCUUUAAAACGUGUAAGAUUAGAUGAUGAUGACGAGGGUGUACCAUCAUCAGCACUUCGAGAAAUAUGCUUGUUAAAAGAAUUAAAACAUAAAAAUAUUGUACGUUUAUAUGAUGUCCUUCAUAGUGAUAAAAAAUUAGUCCUUGUUUUUGAACACUGUGAUCAAGAUUUAAAAAAGUAUUUUGAUAGUUUAAAUGGUGAAAUCGAUCCAAAUGUUGUCAAAUCAUUUAUGUUCCAGUUAUUGAGAGGACUAGCUUUUUGUCACAGUCACAAUGUUCUUCAUAGGGAUCUUAAACCUCAAAAUCUACUUAUUAAUAAAAAUGGAGAACUAAAAUUAGCUGAUUUUGGUUUAGCUAGAGCAUUUGGAAUUCCAGUGAAAUGUUAUUCUGCUGAGGUAGUAACUUUAUGGUAUAGACCACCAGAUGUCUUAUUUGGCGCUAAGCUAUAUACUACUUCCAUUGAUAUGUGGUCUGCUGGAUGUAUAUUUGCUGAAUUAGCAAAUGCUGGUCGUCCUUUAUUCCCAGGAUCAGAUGUUGAUGAUCAGCUAAAAAGAAUAUUUAAACUUUUAGGAACACCUACAGAAGAAACAUGGCCAAAUAUGACCACACUUCCAGAUUAUAAACCUAUGCCAAUGUAUCAGCCUAAUAUGACUCUUGUUCAAGUAGUUCCUAAAUCAACAACUAAAAUGAGGGAUUUAUUACAGAGACUACUCGUAUGUAAUCCAUCUCACAGGAUAUCUGCAGAACAAGCAAUGAGUCAUAUAUAUUUUGCUGAUAUUAAAUAGAUGAAAAUUUUUUUAAAAUUCAAAAAAAAAUUUAAAUAACUAUUUUAAUGAAGGAUUGAAAAUAUUAUUUUAUAAAAUAUUUAUUUUAAGUAAUUAAUCCAGAUAUUGAAAAUAAUAAUAAAAUUAUAUUUUAGCAGUCUCAUGGCUUAGGUCAUUCUGAAACAAGUGAAAUAUAAAUUUAUU